UUGAGGAGGUCUUGUUCAUUCCCAACUCGAUGGUGUGAAAUAAGAGCUGAUGGUAGGCCUGGAAAACGUCUCGAUGGAACGGCAGCUGGUUCCUUUUCGUACGUGAUCAUGCAAAAAGGCGUUCGACAGCCCACUCAAUCUUCAGCACCUCGUCUUCUUGAUAUACAACGUUCACAUCACCAUUCCACCUGUACGGUGUGCACAUCGUUCAAUGGUCUGCAGCAAUUCGUCAUCUCGAAACGCGCUGGGCCACUUUACAAGAAACUGAAAUCGAAGAAGUCUGGAGAGCUUCUGCCGAUCAGCGUAAGCUCCUUUAUUUCGCUAUCAUUCGGUCGGCAUCGUUCAUUGAAUGGAGAUGGUUCCGUCGGAAUGUCAGAUCCAGAUUCCAUAUGGAUUCUUCAUUAA